AUGCAGACGGCUCUCGCGCCAUUGCGCGAAACGGCCGGUCGUGCAGCAGAACGCGCUCGAUGGGGCGCGACGCUAGAACCGCGUUGCUGUCUGCAGGGCAACGGGCCCGCGGAAGACGUCGCGGUCAGCAGCGCGCCAUGCACCAUGCGCCGUGCGACGACCCAGGAUUCGCCGCGCCCGCGCUCGCGCUCACGCUCCACGUCCCCCGGGGCAGCCGCUGUCGACGGCAAGGCUCGCGAGGACAGCGUCGACGCGGCCGCGCGCACGGCGGAGGACCUAUGGACGCCACGCGCGAGCAAGGACGACGGGCCCUAG